AUGCGUCUUCCAAUCACCGUCUCUCUCCUCGCCCUAGCACUCGUGCUGGCAACGAGUGCCACAGCACAUAACAGCGCUCCGGGAGGUGUUCCUGUCCGUCCCAAAUAUGACGGUAUCUCCGUUCCAGCAGGCGCUCAUCACGCGCCGCUAAAGGGCAGCGAUCACAAGCAACACUUGUCUGCCAGAGCUCUCAAGCAAGCUGGAUCCCACAACAACCCGACCAACGCGUACCAAUCCGAUCAGCUGCUCGACGCCGCUCAGCAGAACGGGCGCGCUCACCCUCCACACGAGCGUGCCGAAGAGGUUCCCGGCGAAGUUCACCCUUCGUCUGCCCCAUCAGAGCAGGGUCAUGGUGGGAAACCACCCUCGUGGAAGCACGAUAGCAAGCCUCCGUCAGACCCCCCUCCUGAAGAAAACGGUCUCAACGCGCGGGACGCCUCUGGUGAACCGGAGAAGGCAAAUCACGAACAUCAAAACAACCAUCACGGUGCCAAAGGAAGCAACCGCCAUCCAAAAGCUCCGCCAAUCGGCCCAUCAGGGACCAAAGCACUUCGUCCGACAGAGCGCGACGAGCAUCAAGAUGCUGACGAGCCGAAGCAUGACCCUGAUCAAUCCGGAGACGGGUCUCCGAUCAACAAGCCGCCUGAUGCUCCGAAGCCCCCUGGUCAGCCACCAAAGCAAUAUCGAAAGAAUGGCUCCAAGGCCCACACCCGUUCAAAUAAGGAAGCUACUGGUGACGGUGACCAACUCCAAGAAGACGCACAUGAAGCUCAUCUUGCCGAAAAGCCCCACUCUCCUCCGCUCGAGGGCGGAAAGCGACCUGAAAAUGCCAAACCUGCAAGGCAGCCGGAUGGCGCACCAGAGCGCCCCCAAGCACGCUCGGAUGAAGUCAAACAAGGUGACAAAGAGGACAACGGCAAGAAUUGGCCAAGGCCAAAGGCACCCAAAGGUGCAAAGCCCAGCGGUCAACCUCGCCCUGUACCAACCAAAGAUGCCGCAAAGGGCGGCAAAGGCAAAGCUCGGCAAAAGUCUGGAGAUGAUCAAGCCGAGAAGCGUCACGAGAAGACGUCAUACGACGAGGAGCAUGCUGGGUCUGCUCCACCCACCAAGCCGGAUCAUCAUCCAAAGAGACCCACCGGCGGCGCCGGACGCCCACCAAAGCCUGCCUCUCAACGUCGAGGGAUCGAACAAGAUGAAGAUCGCACGAAUGAAGAGUCGCAGCGUCCAGAUGCUGGGAGAGCCAAGCGCAAAAGCCCUCCCCCGCCGUCAAAGGGAUUUCAGCCUGCUGCCCGCGAUCACGUAAAUCAGGAGCACGGACAUGAAAAAAAGCCUAAAGACCCUCUCGUCAAGUCUGUGCCGGCUGCUCAGAAGCAAGAUGGUCCAAAGCACGGUAAGGGUCAGAAACCAGCAAAGGUAAGACGCGUGCCUUUUGGCAAGCCGUCUCAAGCGCGAAUUUAG